CUACACAAAAUAACAAAAGAUGAAUAUAUUUCUUUUUAAUUAACUAAUUUCGUCCGAAAUAAUGGAACCAAGUGAAGAGAUGUGCAAAAGUUUAGCCAAGUGGCUUAAAAAAACUGUACCAAAUAAAACUAACACCAUUCCAGAAAUUUGUGAUGGAGUUGCGAUGUUGGAUGCUUUAUUACAAAUUUCUCCUGAACAUUUUAGCAAACUUGAAUUAAAAAUUAAGAAAGAUGUUGGAGUAAACAAUUGGCGAUUAAGGAUAAGUAAUUUAAAAAAAAUUGUUGAAGCUGUGAUAGAGUAUUAUCAAGACGUUCUUACUCUGCAAAUUUUAGAUGUAGGGAUUCCAGAUGUAAAUCAAAUAGGAGAAAACAAUGAUGCUGUUCAAUUGGCCAAACUACUGCGGUUGAUCCUGGGUUGUGCAAUAAAUUGCGACAGAAAGCAAGAAUAUAUUACAAUGAUCAUGCAAAUGGAAGAAUCUAUUCAACAAAAUAUAAUGCAAGCUAUUCAACAAUUAGAAGAGGUGACAGGAGGGCCAGGUCGUUCUGGUUUAAGUCUUUUGAUUUUAGAUAGUGAUACAAGAGUUAUGAAACUAGUGAGUGACUUAGAAUCAUCAAAUAAGUCUAGGGAGGGUCUUAUACAGCAAGUAGAAACAUUAGAACAACAAGUGCAAUCUCUUUUAUAUGAAAAACGAAUACUACAAGAUCAAAAUCAAGCUUUACUAGAGAAAGAAGCAAAGAAUCCUCAAGAGAGUAUUAGGAAGCAACUGGAUUCUCUAAAAGAGGAAUUAUUUAAAUCUGAGGUCCGUGCAGAAGAUUUAAAAAGCAAAUUAUUAGAAAAAGAAAAACAAAUGAUAACUUUUCAAGAAAAAAUUAAUGAGUUGCAAGUUAGUGCUAAUGAAUCAGCUAAGUUGAAAGAUGAAAUAGAUGCAUUAACUGAAUCAGCAGGAAAAGUUGCUGAUUUAGAAUUAGCCAUAGACUCCUAUAAAAAACGAUUAGAAAAUUAUCAGGAUAUAAAGAAAACUCUACAAAAACUUGAAGAAAAAAAUGUGGAAUAUAUUCAAAAGAAUAUGGAAAUGGAAGAAGAACUUGCUAAAAAUAAUACAUGGAAAUCUCAGUGUGAAGCAUAUAAAAGCCAAAUUGUAGAACUGCAGCAAAAAUUAGAUGAAGAAACUCAAAGAGCUGACAAAGCACAAUUUAAUUUAGAUAAAAUAAAAUCAAAGAUUAUAAGUUUACAAGGAGAAAAGGAAAGACUGAUUUUGGAAAGGGAUAAUUUAAAGGAAGAAAUUGAAGAGCUGAAACUUGGUCCAAGGGAAAGUGGAGCAGCAGUAUCUGAAGAAUUGACACAAACGGAAUUGGAAAAAAGACUUAAAUUGGUAGAAAAAGAAAACAAAACAUUAAGAAGUUCCAGUCAGGAAAUGGAAUCUAAACAGGCACAAUUAGAUAGUUCAUUAAACAGAAUUGAAAAACUGCAACAAAAAAAUCGGAACUUGAAUCAAACUGUUCUAAAACUAGAAGCACAAAUAGAAGAACUCAAAAUGCAACAAACAGAAACACAAGGCAUUUCUAUUAAUAGUUCAAUAGUGAAAGAGUACAGGCAAAAAAUAAGUAUUUUACAGGAGACUUUGGCAUCUAAAGAUAAUGAAUUACAAUCAUUACAAACAAAAUAUAAUAGAAGUGUGGAGAAAGCUCGUGAGGUAGCUCAACAUUUAGAAUUUAAAUCUAAUGGGGAUAAUACCUCUUUAACACAAUCUAAUAUUAAGGAGCUCGAGGGAAGAUUACUAACUGCCGCCUUCCACCGAUUAACUAUAAACUCUCAUAGGGAAAGCAUGGAUGAGAGACUAAGUGUAUUACAUGGUGCACAAGGCCAGUCUUUUUUAUCUCGUCAGAGAACACCAACACCUAGAAAGCCGAUACAGAGAUACAAAUCUAAGUAAUUGUGAAUAGAAAAUCAAGUUGUACCAGCAGUUGGUUUUAUUUACUUAUUCCAUCAGGUAAUGGAAUUUUUAUUCAUUGUAUCCUAAGCCAGAUUACUGUGUAUGGUGUAUAGAUGUUGGUUGGGGGUUAUGAUAUAUACAUUUCCUCCAUACCUCUCUCUUUCGUUUGAUCUUUCACACCAUUCCAUUUUAUCUCAUUUGUCUCAGCACUUUUUCCACAUUUUCUAUCCAUGUUCUUCUCCGUCUUCCUCUAUAAGUAUUACUUACUAUUUUGGAUUCAAGCGUUCUUAUUUUUUGGUAUUCUGGUUUCGGACAUCUGAUAUAUGUUUCCUUAUUUUAUUUUCUAUGUUCCUUACGAAUCAUAUUUUUAUAUUUUGGUACUUUAUUUUCCCAAAGAAUGAUGCUUUCUUUGAACUACAUGAUUUACUAACUUUUCUAGUUUUUCUUUUAUUUCUGGCUACAAUAUGCUAAUACUUUCUAUUAUUACACUUUCAUAUUUAUAGCUUUUGACUUGUUUAUUUGGUUUUCCGUGUAUUUGAAUAUAAUUCACAUCUUUUCUCACUAUUAUCACGGUUUUAGUUUUAUUUGUAUUUAGUCUCACAUUUACUUUAUUCUCGUAUUUCAUAUUUUCGAGUUAUGUUGUAGAUCCUCUUCUGGUUUCGGUAAUAAGUAAUACCCAAUCAUCUGUAAAUAUCACUUCCAUUAUAUGUUGUUUCCAUCAUUCAAACCCCUAUAUUUUUUCAUCUGACUUGUUUUUUUAUUACUACUGUUGAGAAAAGUAGUAGGCUAAUUACACAUCUUUGUUAACACUGAUCUUUUUGCUAAAUUUCCUCGAUUCUUAGUUGUUCGCGCGUACCACAUUUUUAUUAUUUUUGGACAUUGCUUUUACCAUUGUUAUUGUCUCAUUGUUUGAUCAAACAUUUUCACCAGAUUAAUUUCUCACUUAAUUGUAAAUAUGAAGUUGAUUGUGUUUCUCCCACUUCUAAAGCCACAUUGUGAGUCCUCUAAAGAGUCUUCAACCCUAUUACUUUUGUCCCUAUUAUUCUAGUCAUUAUAUUUAUUGGAAUGUUUCUCAUAAUUUAUUUUGUUGCAAAUUUUAUAUACAUAUAUAUAUAUAUAUAUAUAUAUAUAUAUAUAUAUAUAUAUAUAUAUAUAUAUAUAUAUAUAUAUAUAUAUAUAUAUGGGUUGUUUCAUUUCUAGAUUCUAAUCUUCCUAUUCCUGGCGCUUGUCCUACUGUUUUAAUUGUUUCUACUAGUUAUUGUUUUCUUAUCUUGUCGGAAUCUUUUUUAAUGCCUGUUUCUAUCGUCUCUUCCUCAAUUUCCUUUUAUAUAUAAAUUAUAGAUUUGUGUUCGAGAUUCUCUUUAGUUUUCUGUGUACGAAAUAUAUCCACAAUUUUUCAUCUUUUACUUUAAUUGACACUUCUUUUUAUAAUGUUUCAUAGUUUUCAUAAUCUUCUUUAUUUUUUGGAUUAAUAUAUUUCAUUCUUUUUUGACUAUCCUUCCUUUCAUAGCCUUAGAAGUUGUAAUCAAUAGGCUGUAGUUUGUGUACAUAUGCUUGUGCCGAAGCUCGUAAUAGAUGUAACUGUAUAGCAUAAAUUUAAGCCAAAACCGAUAUUUUGAAAAAUUAUCUUAUAUCGAAGUUCAUCAGCCAUUGAGUUUUUUUUUACAGAUAUGUGCAAAUGUUUCCCACUUUCUUUAGCUACUAGACACUUGGUAUGGUUAUGAUAACAAUGUUUAUGAUACCACACUUCCAUUGCAAAUGUAUCUGCUCAUUCUUCGCAAUUGCCAAUUUUUGUGAAAACAUCAUCUUAUUUUUUCGGGCAGUAUUUGAACUGUGUUCUGCUGCUAAAAUUUCAUAACAUAAGAAUAGAGUUUCGUUCUUAUUUCUUAUUUGUUCACCACAAAUUGAACAUUUCUGAUUUUUAUUAAGUGUUCACUUCUUGAUGACGAACGAGCACGUUGGCUACCUGAAGUAUUUACAUCUGUAAAAGAGGUGGAAGUAGAGGCAUUCUCCUGCUUUAGUAAUGCUAAUUCUCGACGCCUUAUUUUCUCUUUACUUAUAUAAGUUGCAAUACAAGCUCCAUUCCAGAAACAAUUGUGUGCAGUAAAGUCCAAUUUCUAUUUUUUUACUGAUAUCAACUUUCCUCCCAUCUGCUGCUAUUUGAAUACUAAUAUUCGUUUAUGGUUUUAAAUUUUUCACUAAAUCCCCUGUUUUAUCACAAAACAAAUACGAAAAUCCAUUUAGUUUUCGCUUCUUUACAUUUAUCACUUCCAAAAAAAACUUAAAUAUAAUUACAUAGAUACGCAAAAAUAAACCGUUAUGGGCUACAAAUUCUUUUCUGACUACUCCAAGCGCUGACAUAGUAGCAGAAAGAGGGUGGGGGAAAAAUUGAAGGGACCAGCACAGCUGCCGGCAACAUUGAUUUUCUAUUAUUUAGGGUUACAGGUAGAAGAAUUUGGCCAUAGUUUCCGGUUAUCACAUUUUGCAUAUUCAACUCCAUCCAGCGCCUGGACUAAAUCACGAGUUUUAAGACAUAUUUUCUAAAAUUUAAAACAGGAAUAAAAUGAGGUUUCGUACUUAUAUGUAUAAUCAAUAAAAACACAUUUUUAAUAACUUUUCAUUUUUCAUCUCUUUGUCAGUAUUAUUGUAUGUUAAAUCGGAAUGAAAUGAACAUAUUAAAAUGGAAGUGGUUUCUCUCAUUUUUCCUUUUCUAUACUGGUAAAAUCGAAGAAAAAAUGAUGACGUCGCAUCCACUUAACUUUGCCGAGAUUAUUACCAAGUUCUAAAUCUACAAAGCAUUCAACUAUUGCCACCUCUGCUAUGAUUUU